AUCGAGGCAUCGAUGUUUCGCCACCUCUAGUUACGUGUUUUCGGCUUCUCUUCACUUCCUUUUCGUUUCCUUCCUCCUUCAUUUUGUUGUUGUUGUUGCUGUUGCCAUUCGGCUGCCGUUAGUGUGUGAUUAAACAAUAAACAAAUCACAAAUCGCGCCAGCAACAACAAUCGUCUAUAAACGCUAGUAAAAAAAUCAAAGCCAGGCCAUCACUGCCUCCGCCAACCGACACCGACACCUCCACCGCCAUCCCGUUCCCCAUUCCCCUAUUGACGUGCCGCGCGCGGUGUCUUAUAUUGCGGAGUACGUUUUCGCUGCAUUUGCUGACUGGCUGGCCGCCUAAUCGGUUCCUUUUUUCCCCCCGGGCUGGAGUACUCUAGCUGGCGCUACCGAACAACCCAAACAAGAGGCCGUGAAAAGUGCUUACCAAGAACAAACAAUUCCCAAAAAAAAAGAAACAAAAAAGAUCGAAACGGAACGCAAUACAAGUGAAAAAAAAAACGCGUGUGGAGCAGCGCCCGCGACUCUGUUCAUUUUUUUUUUGUGGUUAAAACAGUUAACGGCAGAAACAAAACAACAAUAACAACAAUUGCUGCAAAAUGACAUCAAAGAAACGCAAAACCUUUUUAGACGCCGACGACGAGGAUGAUAAUUUUGAUGAGGACGAUUCUGGCUCCGAUUUUGAUGAUGACGAGGAUCCAGACCAAAUAGAAGUGCCAGGUGGAGGUCGUGAUCUGAACACCGCUGUCACCUACGCCCAGAAUAUACGCAGCGGCGUGGGUGUUCCCAAAGCCACUGCUCCUGCCCCAGUACCCAUCGAAUCGGCCAAGAUUGUCAUCAACAACAACAACAUCAAGCCGAUAUCGUUGCUGCGCAUCAACAACAACAACAAGCCCAUCGUCGGCAGUAUCCUUGCCAAUAAUACCAUCAAGACCAGUAACGGUACCAUCGCCACCGGAGGAGGCACUGCCACCGUAGCCGCCAAUCCUCUGCGGAAGAUCAUCACACCGAUAACGACAGCGGUUAGGGCAGCAGGUGUGGGCGGAGCUGCAACUGCCACCGUCGGAGGCGUGACUGUGGGCGGCAAGAUCACCGCGAUACCGAUGCCCAGAAAAGUAGUGCUAGAGAAUAAUUUAAGCAACAUGCCAAAGAAACUAAACAACCCAGUAACUGCGAGAAGCAGCAGCCACCCAGCAACGGCCAGCGGUGGUGGGUCAGGUGGAGGCACCGUUGCCGGAGGGGGUGCCGCCAGCAGUUACCUGAGCAGCGGCGCCGGGAGCUACCUGAACAGCCUGAGCACCAACGAGCUGAUGAAUUUGGCCGCCUAUGUGGCCGCCAAGGGAAACAGUGGCCCACCGCCGCCGCCCCCCUCAACGGCCACCAAUUCGGUGAAGAGUGUGAUGGGCGGGGCGGGAGCGGGAGCGGGUGGUAGUUUUUUUGGCGGAGGUGCCACUGCAUCCACAUCCGCCUCUGCUGCCAACUUCAACAUGGCCGCGUCUUUAUUGGCGCAGAUGAGCUAUGCCGGUGCCCAGCCGAUGCGCCCCUUCAAGGUGACCGCCACGGGCCUCCAGAAGAUGACUCCCAGCGCCGCCACAACAGUGGCCACCACCGCAGCGGCUUCAGGACCGGGAGCAGUUAGUGGAGCAGCGGCCGGAGGAGCUGGCGCCGGUGGCGGGGUCAAGGGAGGACCCGCCAUGAUGGAGGCCAUCCAGAAGCUGAUUGCCAUGAACCCCGAAUACCUGACCAGCGGAAUACCCAACAAUGUGUUCCAGAUGUUCAUGCAGUCGAUGCAGCAGCCACGUCCGAGUGCCGCGCUGCCGGCCAUGCAGGUGACUCCCGCCUCCGUGAUGUCCGCCGGGGGUGGCAAUGUCGCGGGAGCACAUCCCUCGGCAGCUACUUACGUCCAGCAGGAGGACGACGAGGCCGACUAUGAAGAGAUGGGCGUGGCCGAGACUUAUGCCGAUUACUGGCCAGCCAAGUUGAAGCUGGGCAAGAAGCACCCGGACGCCGUGGUGGAGACCGCCUCGCUGAGCUCCGUGGAGCCAUGUGAUGUCUACUACAAACUAUCCAUUCCCGCCGAGACCAUCAACAGUGGCCAGCUGAGCGCCCUCCAGCUGGAGUCCAUUACGUACGCCUCCCAGGCCCACGAUCACCUCCUGCCCGAUGGGAGCCGUGCCGGCUUCCUCAUCGGCGACGGUGCUGGUGUGGGCAAGGGUCGCACCAUUGCCGGCAUCAUCUACGAGAACUAUCUGAAGGGCCGCAAGAAGGCUCUCUGGAUAUCCGUGUCCAAUGAUCUCAAGUACGAUGCCGAGCGGGAUCUCAGCGAUAUCGGAGCCAGUCGCAUCGAUGUCCAUGCUCUGAACAAGUUCAAGUACGCCAAGAUCAGCUCCGAUGUGAACAACAACUGCAAGCGGGGUGUCAUCUUCAGCACCUACUCCGCUCUGAUCGGAGAGUCGAACAACAAGACGGGCAAGUACCGUUCCCGCUUCCGCCAGCUGCUGCAGUGGUGCGGCGAGGAUUUCGAGGGCCUGAUCAUCUUCGACGAGUGCCACAAGGCCAAGAAUCUGUGCCCGGUGGGCUCGGGCAAGCCCACCAAGACGGGCCAAACGGUAUUGGAGCUGCAGCAAAAGUUGCCGAAGGCGCGCGUCGUCUACGCCUCCGCCACGGGUGCCUCCGAGCCCAAGAACAUGGCGUACAUGGUGCGGCUGGGUCUCUGGGGCCAGGGCACUGCCUUUGCCAACUUCAAUGACUUCAUAACAGCUGUGGAGCGACGGGGUGUGGGCGCCAUGGAGAUCGUGGCCAUGGACAUGAAGCUGCGGGGCAUGUACAUCGCCCGACAGCUGAGCUUCAAGGGGGUCAGCUUCAAGAUCGAGGAGGUGCCGCUCUCCAAGGAGUUCCGCAAGAUCUACGACCAGUCGGUGGAGCUCUGGGUGGAGGCCAUGCAGAAGUUCACCGAGGCGGCGGAGCUGAUCGAUGCCGAGAGCCGCAUGAAGAAGACCAUGUGGGGCCAGUUCUGGUCCUCGCACCAGCGCUUCUUCAAGUACCUCUGUAUCGCCGCCAAGGUCAAUCAUGCCGUGACAGUGGCCCGCGAGUCCAUCAAGUAUGGCAAGUGCGUGGUCAUCGGCCUGCAGUCCACCGGCGAGGCACGUACUCUCGACCAGCUGGAGCGGGAUGACGGCGAGCUCACCGACUUUGUUUCCACCGCCAAAGGCGUCUUCCAGUCGUUUGUGGAGCGCCACUUCCCCGCCCCCGAUCGCAAUCGCAUCAAUCGCAUCCUGGGCCUCUACGACGACACCCCGGCCACUGACUCCGGCUUCGGGAACAACAACAACAACAGCAGUUCGGGUGCUAGCUCGGCGGCUGGGAAGCGCAAGGCCGGAGGAGCAGCUGGAGCCGGCGGGCAGGACAACGGCAAGUCGAAGAAGAAGAAGCGCCGCAACUCGUGGCAGGACUUUGACGACAGCGACGAGGAGGAGGAACGCAAGCCGAAGACCGAGGCCGACAGUCCGGAUAGCGACAGCGACGAUGCGAACAGCGACGACGCCUUCGGCAGCGACCAAGAUGACGACGAUGAGGACGAUGAUGAUGACCGGGACGGCGACAGUGACCGUCGCAGUGUCGCCAGCGAUGCCAGCUCCGACUUCAAUCCCUUCUUCAGCGGCAGCGACAGCGACAUCGAUCCCUGGGUGAAUGCCCGCAGCAAGAAGACCACCAAGAAGAAGACCCAGAAGAAGCUCAAGAAGAAGGUGAAGAAGGAGAAGAUCAAGAAGGAGCCGGGUGUCUCUUCCUCCACCGAAGGCAAUGCCGCCAUGUCCGCUGCUGUGGUGGCGGCCCUCAACGCGGCCAAGACCCGCAAGUCGCAGCUCUCCACGCAGGACAAGAUCCAGGAUCUGCUGCAGAAGAAGCAGGAGCUGAAGGGCACGGUGACGCCGGUGGGCGUUAAUGGCGUCAAGCUGAACUACGGUCCGCCGCCGAAGGAUGCCAUCGAACGGGCGUGCACCAUGAAGGAGGAGCUGUUGCGUAAGAUCGAGCGCCUGGGCGCCCGCCUGCCGCCCAACACGCUGGAUCAGCUCAUCGACGAGCUGGGCGGUCCGGACAACGUGGCCGAGAUGACGGGCCGACGCGGCCGUGUGGUCCAGAACGACGACGGCACCAUCCAGUACGAGUCCCGUACCGAAUCCGAUGUGCCGCUGGAAACGCUGAACAUCACCGAGAAGCAACGCUUCAUGGACGGCCAGAAGGACGUGGCCAUCAUCUCGGAGGCGGCAUCCAGUGGUAUAUCGUUGCAGAGCGAUCGCCGCGUCUUCAAUCAGCGGCGUCGUGUCCACAUCACCUUGGAGUUGCCCUGGUCGGCGGAUCGAGCCAUCCAGCAGUUCGGUCGUACCCAUCGUUCGAAUCAGGUCAAUGCCCCCGAGUACAUUUUCCUGAUCUCUGACUUGGCCGGUGAGCGGCGUUUCGCCUCCACGGUGGCCAAGCGUUUGGAAUCCCUGGGCGCCCUGACCCACGGCGAUCGCAGGGCCACCGAAACCCGUGAUCUCUCCCAGUUCAACAUCGACAACAAGUACGGCCGGCAGGCCCUCGAGACGGUAAUGCGCACCAUUAUGGGCUAUGAGUCGCCGCUGGUGCCGCCACCCACCGACUAUAGCGGCGAGUUCUUCAAGGACAUUGCCGGGGCGCUGGUGGGCGUGGGCAUCAUAGUCAACAGCGAAAGCCAUCCGGGUGUCCUCAGUCUGGACAAGGACUACAACAACAUAUCAAAGUUUCUCAAUCGCAUUCUCGGCUGUCCGGUCGACUUGCAGAACCGACUCUUCAAGUACUUUACGGACACCAUGACAGCCAUCAUCCUGCAGGCCAAGCGAGCUGGUCGCUUCGACCUGGGCAUUGUGGAUCUGGGUGCCGCUGGCGAGAAUGUGAACCGAGUCCGACUUACACGUUUCCUGCGCAAACAUGCCACCGGAGUGGCUCCCACGGAGCUGCACACAGUGCGUGUGGAGCGAGGCAUGAUCUGGCAGGAGGCCAUUGAUAAAUACGCCGACCUCUUCAACGACAACGAGGGCUUCUACCUGUCCCACCAGCUGCGCAACCAGAAGCGCACCGCCAUCCUGGUAGUGGUUCUCGAGCAGCAGCCGUCACGCAGCUCCACGAGCACCGAUUCGGAGAAUGCCAAAAAGAAAAAGACCAGCACCAAGAAGGAGAUCAUGUGCCAGAUCUAUCGCCCCAACACGGGCCUCCAAGUCCGCCACGAGUCCCUGUUCGAGCUGGAGAAGAAGUACCGUUCGGUGACCACCGAGGAGGCCGAGCCCCACUGGAUCGAGCAGUACGAUGCUUCGGUGAACACCUGUUCGCAUGCCUACUGGAACGGCAACUGCCGGAAUGUCAGCAUGGGUCACGAUUGCGAGGUGGGAUUGCGGCAGCGAUUGUACCACGUCCUGGCCGGAUCGGUUCUGUCCGUCUGGGGACGCGUCGAGCACAUUCUAAAUACACGUUCCAACAGCAAAAUGCAGGUGAUACGCAUGAAGACAACGGAGGGCGAGAAGAUUGUGGGCACCAUGAUCCCCAAGUCCUGUUUCGAGCUGCUGAUGAACGAUCUGCGCAGCGAUUCCGAGAAGCAGGAGGAGUUCAACUACUGAACAGCCGC